AAUGAGCUUCAAACUAACUCCUCUUGAAGCAUGAUACAACUGAAGUGCUUCCCUUUCAACCAUGCUACUCUCAUCCCUAUUUCAGUUUUAAAAUUUAUGGAUUCCUGUCAAGAUAUGUACUGCUCUUGGAUAAGUUUGUUUAGAAUUGGUGGCAGACUUGGUACUAGUGCAAGUUGAGCUAUCUAGUUGUUGCUUUGAUCAAACUGCUUGUAAUUCAUUCAAACUUGAGUUGGUGUAAACAACAGGAGCUAUGAUUACCAAGUGGAGCUUUGUGUUUGCCCUGUCAUUGUGCGUGACGGCAGUUCUGUACCAAGUAGAUGUUGUCACCACACGUUGGGCUGCUGAAGAUUAUGCUGUGAUUCCUGCACCUGCUGCAUCAAUGUGGAAGUUCCUGACUAAUCCUGAUACAGUUGAAAAAUGGUUCCACUGGGUGUCUCAUUUCCGUGCUGUAGACUCGCGACCGUUGACUGUGGGGAAACGUUAUGAAGCCUUGUACAGCAUCCCAUUGUUGGGAGAUUAUGCCCUGGGUCUGCAAAUCGUCGAAUAUGUGCCGCAGCGGAGGCUGGUGCUGCAGUCCGACUCCCUGUUGAAGCCUCGUUUCUCCUUUGAACUCGGUGCCAUUGAUGACGCCCACAGCAAGCUGACUCUCAAGCUUGUGUUCCGGCGCAACUCUGCUCUCUUCCGCUGCACCUUGGGCCCCAUGCUGUGGUUGCUGUCAUCCCAGCGACUGCAGCAUUCACUGUUCCUCCUCAAGAUGAUGUUCCCUGCAUGAUAACGUUCCUUGCGUAACAACAAUCUGCGACAUCGCUCACGCUGGCUUAGCUCAAGGAAGCAGCCCGAUCCAAACUUCGAGGUUGCAAAUAUUGCACCAUUGACUAAAUUUACUUUGAAAGUAUGCAUGAAAAUUCUCCUAAAAUCCUUGUAUUUUUUAGUAAAUUUUAACAAAUAACUUCAAGGGGUAAAGCUGCAAAUUUUUUAGAAAUAUUAUCUGUUAAUCAUUAGUCUGCCUACGCAUUUCAGUGUCUUUUUAGCACAUUU